UUUCCGGUGUUGUGUAUGUUCCUGGAAACAUGGCGGCCAGCUUCCGCGGCCGUCCUAUCCGGAGUCUUCGGAUGCGAGGUCGGAAUGACAGCGGGGAGGAGAACGUACCGCUGGAUCUGACCAGAGAGCCAUCAGAAAACUUCAGAGAAAUCCUUCAAAAUGUGGCCAAGCCACAUGGAGUCAGUAACAUGCGCAAACUUGGCCACCUGAACAACUUUGUAAAGCUGCUAUGCAGUGUGGGUCACCAUGAGGAGGAAUUCGGAUAUACAUACGAAGAAAUAAUAAUUUGCCUCCGUCUAGCUUUACUGAAUGAGGCAAAAGAAGUGCGAGCUGCAGGGCUGCGUGCGCUCCGCUACCUCAUAAGAGACACUGUUGUGCUCCAAAAGGUUUUGAGACUACAGGUGGAUUAUUUGAUAGCCAGAUGUAUUGACAUCCAGCAAAGCAACGAGGGGGAGAGGACCCAGGCACUGAGACUUGUCCGAAAGAUCAUCACGGUCAAUGCCACCCUCUUCCCCACUUCAGUGGCAAACUCUCUUAUCGCUGUGGGGACUGAUGGACUUCAAGAGAGAGACCGGAUGGUCCGAGCUGCCAUCGCCAUCAUCUGUGAGCUGGCCUUGAAGAACCCAGAGGUGGUGGCCAAGCGUGGAGGCCUCAGCACCAUCCUCAAGAGUGUGAUUGACUGUCAGCUGAGCCGCAUCAAUGAAGCUCUCAUCACCACCAUCCUCCAUCUACUCAACCACCCACGGACUCGUCAGUAUGUGCGCGUCGACGUUGAACUCGAGCAAAUCUUGGCACCCUUCACUGAUUUCCACUACCGUCACAAUGCAGACAUGGCUGAAGGACAGCUCAAGGAGGACAAAGAGGCCCGUUUCUUGUCCAGCAGAAUGGCCAUAGUGGCUGCCUUUCGCUCAUGGUCUGGGAUAAUCAACCUAUGCAAGGCUGGAAAUUCUGGAAUCCAAUCGUUAAUUGGUUUACUAAGCAUACCAAAUAUAGAAGUACGGAAAGGUUUGCUGGAGGUUUUGUUUGAGAUAUUCCGGCUCCCUGUGCCAAUAGUGACUCAAGACUUCACUGAAGCUCUUCUUAGUGUUGAUCCUGCCAGGUUCCAGGACACAUGGAGACUCUCUGAUGGCUUUAUUGCUGCUGAGGCCAAAGUUAUUUUGCCCCACAGAGCUCGAUCAAGGCCCGAUCUGAUGGACAACUAUUUAGCAUUUGUUCUGUCGGCUUUUAUCUCCAGUGGCCUGCUGGAGGGUCUUGUUGAGGUAGUGACGAGCAGUGAUGAUCAACUUGCCAUCAGAGCCACAAUCAUCCUCGGAGAGCUUCUUCACAUGGCAAACACCAUUCUUCCUCACAGCCACAGUCACCAUCUGCACUGCCUCCCCACUCUCAUCAACAUGGCCGCCUCUUUCGACAUCCCUCAGGAGAAACGACUUCGAGCUAGUGCUGCCGUCAACAACCUUAAACGAUUCCACGAGAAGAAGAAGAAGGGUCCAAAACCGCACAGUCUGUAUCUGGACCACAUCAUCCGCAAGUCUGCGUCCUCACACAGCCGCAGAGAGUCUCACUCGCGUGCACACAGGGACAUCUACGUUAUCAAGGACACAGAGGAAGCUCUGAUGAUGAACCUAAGAGACAGUCACAUUCUCAACCACAAGCAGAACCUGGAGUGGAACUGGCUUCUCAUAGCCACCAUCCUAAAGUGGCCAAACGUAAAUCUCAGGAACAACAAAGACGAACAGAUGCACAAGUUUGUCCGCAGGCUGCUGUACUUUUAUAAGCCAAGCAGUAAAUUGUAUGCAGGGCUUGCACUAGACCACCCUAAAGCAAGACAACUCACUGUGGUUGGCUGUCAGUUUAUCGAAUUCCUCAUGGAUUCAGACGAGGAUGGCCAUGGGUAUUUGGAAGACCUGGUGAGGGACAUGGUGACUUGGCUGUCCUUCUCAUCAGGACUGAAACCUGAACGUAGUCUACAGAGCAACGGACUGCUCACCACUCUCAGCCAACACUACUUUCUCUUCCUCGGAACGCUCUCCGCACACCCACAGGGAGUCAAACUUCUAGAAAAAUGUGGCCUGUUUCAGUGCCUUCUGAACCUGUGCUCUGUGAAGAACCAGGAUGCUGUGCUGAAACUUGCCGUAUCCACACUGGACUACAGUAGAGAUGGUCUGGCCAGAGUGAUCCUCUCUAAGAUCCUGACUGCUGCUACUGAUACUUGCAGGCUGUAUGCCACCAAGCACCUGCGUGUGCUGCUGCGGGCCGGUGUGGAGUUCUUCAGCAGCUGGGGCAUGGAGCUAUUGGUUACACAGCUCCACGACCACAACAAGGCUGUCUCCAUGGAAGCUCUGGACAUACUGGACGAGGCCUGUGAAGAUAAGGCGAACCUUCAUGCACUGAUUCAACUGAAACCAGCUCUAUCUCACUUGGGAGACAAAGGCCUCCUGUUGCUACUCCGGUUCCUUUCCAUUCCAAAAGGUUUCUCCUACCUGAAUGAGAGAGGUUAUGUCAGCAAACAGCUGGAUAAGUGGCAAAAGGAAUACAACCUCAAGUAUGUGGACUUGAUAGAGGAGCAGCUCAAUGAAGCUCUCACAACGUACCGCAAACCUGUAGAUGGCGAUAACUAUGUGCGACGCAGCAACCAAAGGUUACAGAGACCAAAUGUUUAUCUGCCAGUGCAUCUCUAUGGUCAACUGGUCCAUGAUAAGACAGGCUGCCAUCUACUGGAGACUCAGAGUGUGGUCCCUGACCUCAGCUACACGAUUCGCUCCCCGAUGCUGGACACCUGGGAGGGCAUCAAACAGCUGAAAGCCGCCCUCUGGGCUUUGGGCAACAUUGGAUCUUCCAACUGGGGCCUGAAUCUUCUGCAGGAAGAAAACGUGAUUCCUGACAUUUUAACUUUGGCCCAGCACUGUGAGGUGUUGUCAGUGAGAGGGACCUGUGUGUACGUGCUGGGUGUCAUCUCGAAGACACGUCAGGGUUGUGAAGUGCUGAAGCACUAUGGUUGGGAUGCGGUCCGACACAGUCGCCGGACGCUGUGGCCCGUCACUCCAGAUGAAGUGGAGACGCACCUCGCCUCUGAACUCUCGUCAGUCCCCAGCACACUCAGCCUCAACUCUGAGUCCACCAGCUCCCGCCACAACAGCGAGAGCGAAUCCCAGCCAAACAUGUACAUCCUGGACGAUGACAAGUGUGAUGUUCUGGACACGUCACCCGAGUUGCCUUUCUACGUACACUCCAAACCAGUCAAAGAUCGCAGCCCCUUCACAAUCCUGGCCUCCACACGCUUUGUUCGCGACCGCUUCCUCAACUCACUGUCCCUCCCUAGCAAGAAGCUGCGCUCCACCAGUGACCCCAAGAACUCAUCUGGCUCUCAGACCCAAACGGAACUCAAGUCAGGGAGUAUGAGGCGCAACCGAACUGUGACGGAACCCUCUGGCUACAGUCCAAACCAGGGUGACGUCUUCACAAUGGUGUUCAAUGGCAGAGGAAUGCCCAAGAGUCCCACAGUCAGCCUGGAGACUUCGUUUGUUGGCACCAGAGGGGGGUCUGAGGAGCACCUUGUUGACGGAAGGCUUGCCCGAGGAGGGGGUUCUGGACUAGCACUGAGUGGACUGGGCGUGCAUGUGGAGCACCACACCCGGGAGCGCCUCACCGGAGGUGACGGCGUUUGUUCCUCCACCGGGGGGACCGUGGGUGGGGUCAGCAGCAGUGGUACUCAUUUCAAAAGCCGCAGUCAGAGCUUUAAUACGGACACGACGACGAGCGGCAUCAGCUCCAUGAGCUCCAGCCCUUCCAGGGAGACGGUGGGAAACCCGGAGCAUUCCGAGCCUGAACCAGACUCCUCUGACUGCGUGAGCCUUAACACGGUGGUGUCAGCUAAGACGGUGAAAACGCUCUCCACACUCACACCCCACGCUCAGACGAACCACAUGCCCACAUCCAAGUCCUCAUCUGUCUCCCUGGUUCCCCCCGGCUCCUCGCACACGCUCCCUCGCCGAGCCCAGUCCCUCAAGUCUCCUUCCGUCACCACCAUCAAGAGCCUGGCAGACUGUAGCAUCAUGUACACCAGCCCACGAGACGCACUGGGUUAUGCGACACUGAAGCGGCUGCAGCAGCAGCGCAUCCACCCGUCGCUCUCUCACAGUGAAGCACUGGCGUCACCUGCUAAAGAUGUUCUGUUCACUGACACCAUCACCAUGAAGACCGGCAGCCUGGACUCCAGACUCACACCACGCAGUCUCUCCCCCCGGAUCCUCUCACGCACCUCUCCUCUCGCCCUCCCUAGGUUCCUGAAGGCGCUCAGCUUUGCCUCUCUGGAUAAAGAGGAGCUGCUGAGCCCCAUCAACCAGAGCACGCUGCAGCGCUGCUCCUCCGUUCGCUCCAUGGUCUCCAGCGCCACCUACGGCUGCAACGACGACUACAUCGGUCUCGCCUUGCCCAUGGACAUCAACGACUUGUUCCAAAUCAGAGAUUCCACCUACUUUCAGCAGCGGAUCAGCCCGCCCUCUGAGGAGAGGAAGCGCUUCCUGUUUGGCGACGGGGACGGUGAGCGGCCUGCCAUCCCAAUACUGAAGCAACAGUUCAGCAUCUCAGAGCUGAUCGUGAACCGGGGUGACUGUCCAAACCACAUUGUGGGUUCUGAUGAGACAGGCCUGCAGGAUCACACCGACGACAACUGCCUCUUCUGCGUCGGCGCCUCGGUCCUCGGAUACACAGCACAGCCUCAGAUCAACAGCACACGACCUCGCACAGAAUACGUAGACUUCCAAUCCUGGGCCGGCCAGAGCGGCCAUCGUCUGGAGGUGAUGCCGCAGUCCAAGUUUUCUGGCGUCUCCGGCUGCAGCGACGCCGCCGUGUCACAGGGCUCCAUCUGCAGCACCCCCACGCCCAGUGACAUCGUCAUAGGUGGCAAGGCCAUAUCCGAGGACGGCCCCGCUUCCCGGGUCCUGCUGAGGAAAGAGGUGCUCCGUCUCAUCAUCAACCUCAGCUCCUCUGUGGGAACCAAGGGCCACGAAACAGGACUCCUAACGAUCAAGGAGAAGUUCCCGUAUGCGUUCGACGACAUCUGCCUGUACUCGGAGGUGUCUCACCUGUUGGCGCACUGCAUGUUUCGGCUGACGUCCAGGCGCUUCAUUCAGGAACUCUUCCAGGACGUGCAGUUCAUGCCAAUGUACGAGGAGGCGGAGUCGAUCCUGACCAAACUACCAAAACCAGUCGAAGAGGACGUGGACCCACCGCCAGAAUCGUGAUUCUCCUCCCUGAUGCUCCGGGACCUGCAGCCUGUGAUGAACACUUCAGAGAUGCAACAACGACGACGACGAGGCGGACUGUUUUCAGGGGUGAAGAGGGGUUCUGUUUGCAGCGGACAGAACCACAGCCGAGCGAGUGGGCGUGAGGUGGACGAACCAAAUACUGUCUUCAGAUGGGUCUCGACCUUCAAUAAUACGUGGAGACGAGCACUGUGUUUUAAAAGAGAAGUGUGCUAAAUGAGUUUGGCCCGUGAUUCACACUCACACUCUGCUACUGAACCCAAACACUACAGGAGUGUUGUGAUGUUUUAAUCUCCACCCCCCUCAGACGUGUGGUCCUCUGUGCACUCUUCUCCUCCUCCUCCUCCCCCGGUUCCUGCUCCUGCUCCCUGUUCUCUGACAAUCAGACUCACUCGUUUUUCUAAAGCACUAAACAACUGCUAAAUGAGGAGCACGCAUGCAAUUCCCUGCUGGCUGUUAGCGUCCGUCGCUCAUAUAGCGCCUUCCUUCCCUCAGCCAUGGCGUCGUUGGUAGGUUAUUCUGCUCAUGACGCUGCUGGGUCUCAGAGUUCCUCCUGCCUCGGGCCAAGACCCCGGUCACGAGCAUUUCCAGAACACACCUCCGUGCUUCUCUUCCGCUGCAUGUGCGACUAGCAUGGCCAAGUCGCGUCGUCACUUUAACGUCUCUCUUGCUCGUAGAACUUUUGUUUCCAGACGAAAAAAAAAAAAGGUUGCCAUGUCAUUGUAGUAACAUCAUGACGCCCCAAGUGUGUGGGGAAUGGGGGUGGGGGUCUCCAUGGAGACGGGACGGUCUCCUUGUUUUGCUCUAAUGCUGCUACAAAAUGGACUCAUAUAGAUGAUCGAUAGAUCAGCUGAGUGACAUCAGAUGGAUCUAUUUAUUGUAUGUCUGUACCAUAGAGUGAGCUCAACCAGAGAAGAAAAAGUUAUUUAUAUUUUUUCCUCAAGACUGUAUUAUAAUUUAAAGAAGUUUCUUUUUUUUUUUUUUGCCUGACUCGUGGUUUCCCUUUAUAUUGUGUACGGUAUGUUUUCUGGGGGUGACCUGAAGAAACAUACAACCCUGUCAAAGGGAUGCGUUGUUAAUAAACGGAGCGUGGAAAGCCCUGACCUGAAAGACCCGUGUUUUAUUCACUGUAUAUAUAUGUAAUAUAUCGUGACAUCACUCUAUAAUCGGGACUGAACAAACGUGGGUCGGUGUGCACGUCCUUGUAUAGCUAU